AUGAGACGCACCACGACCACGCCCCAGGGCGACCUUUACAAGCACCAGAACGACUUGCCCCCUCUCCCUGUCCCAAAGCUCGCCCACACGCUGGACCUCUACAAGGAGUCGAUCAAGCCCUUGUAUCCGUACGGGGAAAAGGACGAGGAGUUUAUCAAGUACGCCAAGAUCAUCGACGAGUUUGCGACCGGGACACAGGGCAGCGGCCUACAGUCGAAGCUCGAACGCUUUGCCGCCGACAAACGGAACUGGCUCGCAGCGUUCUGGGACAACUACGCCUACCUCGACUACAGAGACCCGGUGUCGCCAUUUGUAUCGUACUUCUUCAGCCACAGGGAUGCCAACACCGCCGUCGGGAAGGACCAGCUUCUCAAGUCGGCGAGCUUGACCCGCAAGGUUCUCGAGUUCAUGGAAACGGUCGAGCACGAGACUUUGGAACCCGAGCUCAUCAAGGGAGCGCCCUUUUGCAUGGAGAGCUUCAAGUGGAUGUUCAGCAACUGCAGGGUCCCGGGCGAGUCCCGCGAUUACAACCUAGUGUACGACGGAAGUAAAAACAGGUUUAUGAUUGUCAUCUCCAACGGCCACAUCUACAAGCUGCAGACGCACGACGACGCAACCGACAGCAUCUUGCCGUUCAACGCGCUCUACUACGGCUUGGCCGAGGUCUUGAAAGACUCCGAAGCUAGAGGGCCAAAUGAAACCCCGGUGGGGGUCUUGACCUCCUCCAACAGAGAUGAAUGGUUCAGCAACUACCAGAAGUUGAACGAAAUCUCCAUCGUCAACAAGGUCAACUUCGAAGAUAUCUUCAAAAGCUCCUUUGUCCUCUGCUUGGACGACUGUCUACCCAACACUAUCGAAGCUAAGUCUAGAAACUGCUGGCACGGCAAUGGUCUCAACAGGUGGUUUGACAAGCCGCUCCAGUUUUUUGUUGCCAGAAACGGAAGCUCCGGCUUCUUGGGUGAGCAUUCCAAGAUGGACGGCACACCCACUUUGAGGAUGAACGACUGGUUGGUUGGAGAGAUGUACAAGCUUGACAUCGACGGCAAUGUCGCAAAGCCGACUACUGUUCCGGCCAUCAGGCAGAUAAAUUUUGAAAUCAACAACGAAAUCUCAGAAGCCAUCAAGACCGAGACUGAAACUUUCAAUGAAACGGUGAACAGCUUGGACAUCAAGACCUGGCAGUACUUUGGAUUGGGUAAAGAUGAUAUCAAAGCGUUCAACUGCUCUCCGGACAGCUUUGUCCAGAUGUUGAUCCAAUUGGCGUACUACAAAUAUACGGGUACCUUGAGACCAACAUACGAGUCGGCCUCAACAAGGAAAUACUUCAGAGGCCGGACAGAAACCAACAGAUCUGUUUCAUCCGAAGCAUUGCAGUUUGUCAAGGACUGGGAAAACCCCUCCGUGCCUGUGCAAGAGAAGUUGAAAUCAUUCAGAGCCGCCUUGAAGUCCCACGGCAACUAUAUCAAGCUAGCUAGCUCAGGACUCGGUGUUGACCGCCAUUUGUUUGGUUUGAAACAGAUGAUCGGUGAGUCGGACGAGGACUCUGAGGUGAUCAAGCAGUUUUUCGACAACCCGAUUUUCAGCUACUCCCAAUAUUGGUACUUGUCGACCUCCCAGUUGAGUUCUGAAAAUUUCAACGGGUAUGGAUGGUCGCCUGUUGUUCCGGAAGGGCUCGGAUUGGCCUACAUGAUCAACAGAAAGUGGUUGCAUAUCAACAUUACAAACUACAAGGAAAAUCCAUUUGGUUUGAAGGUUGAUGAAAUGGCAUACUUCUUAACUUUGAGUGUUCAAGAAUUGGCAGAAGCACUCAGAAAGGAAACCGUCAAGGCCAAACUCUAA